AUGGAUUCUACAGCGGAGAAGGUCGACGUUAUCGUUGUUGGCGCUGGCUGGAACGGCUUAAUUUCUGCCAAAACCUACCUCGACUUCGCGCCAACGACCAAUCUUGUUAUCAUCGAUGAGCAGAGCUCGUUCGGUGGUGUGUGGGCAACCGAUAAGCUUUACCCGGGUCUCUACGCACAAAUCAAACAUGGAUUGUUCGAAUAUUCCUUCUAUCCCAUGAAACAUGAGGGCAUCACCGACGAUGGAUACGUUUCUGGUGAAACAAUUCACAACUACUUGACCGAUUUCGCCCAGGACUACGAUCUUGUCCGCCGAACUCGUCUCCGAACUAGGGUGGCUCGUGUUAUUCGCCUGUCAUCUGGCGGAUGGCGUCUAGAGAUUGAAGGCAAAGCUCCCAUUGAGUGCGAGAAGCUCAUCUACGCCUCAGGAGCAACUUCACACCCUGUCAUACCUGCUUGGCCGAGAAACAACUUUAACUCUACCGUAAUCCACUCCUCCGAAAUGGGUGUGCAUCUUGAGGCGCUUGGAAAAAUCAAUACUGCCACUGUCAUUGGAGGAGCCAAGUCAGCCUACGACACAGUCUUUUUCCUGCUGAAUGCUGGCAAAAAGGUCAACUGGAUCAUCCGAGAAGAUGGAUCAGGGCCGCUGGCCAUCAUGCCCCCGACUCUCCUCGGCCUUAGAAACACCAUGGACGUGGUCACCACCAGAUUCAUGGCAUUGAUGGGCAUGAGCAUCAUGAGCACCGACGGUGCUGGUCACCAGUUUUUCCAAAGGACUAUGCUGGGACGGGGAUUUGUUUACAUCUUCUGGCUAAUCGUGAACUGGAUUGCUGAUCGACACUCUGGCUACUCCAAGUCCGAAAAUGCCAGGAAACUUCGACCCGGUCCCGAAGGAAAUGGAAUCUUCUGGGCCAACGCAGGCCUCGGUGCAGCCAGUGUCCCUCUCUUCUGGAAGACUUUCCAUCGCGGCGACUGCACUGUGCACAGGUCAGAUAUUGCAUCACUUGAUAACAACAACGUUGUCAAUCUGAAGAACGGCGAGAGCUUCCAGACGGAUUACAUUGUCAUGUGCACUGGAUUCGACAAGUCAUUCCAGGUCUUCAGCGAAGAGCUGCAACAAGAGCUUGGAUUUCUGCCUAACCCCGAAGAAGAUGAAAAGUGGGCUAAGCUCGGCGAAGAGGCUGAGAAGACGGUCGACGAGCUUCUACCUUACCUCAAGAAGAGCCCCUUUGGCGAGAAGAAGUUUGAACGAGAGUUGACGGCAGGCGGAAGGAAGCUUCUGCAUGGUCCUAGCCGACACUAUCGCCGACUUAUUGUCCCUAAGCUCGCUGCUCAAGGAGAUCGUUCCGUCAUUUUCCCUGGAUUCAUCCACUCCAUUUUCACUCCCACAGUAUCUGAGACACAAGCCCUUUGGGGCACAGCUUUCCUACUCGGUCUUCACGAUAUUCCAUCUCAGGAAGAAAUGGAACAAGAAGUUGCUGAAUGGAACACCUGGACCGGCAAGCGAUAUGUUGCCCAAGGCCGAAAACACGCUUAUGCUAUCUACGACUUCCUCCCAUACAUUGAUACUCUACUUGGCGACCUCGGCGUCAAAACUUACCGCAAGAAGGGUUUCUUCGCAGGACUAUUCGCACCUGCAUAUCCGAGCGAGUACAAGGGCAUUCAGCAAGAGUACCUUCAGUCAUUGGGCCUAAAGGCAACUCCCGAAGGUACCGCUUCUGGUUCCAUGACCCCUGUUUCCGCCGGGUCUGAGACACCCAGUGUUGGCCCUGAUGGGCUUAGCAUUGUGAAGCAAGAAAACGGCCACGCCAACGCAGUUAAGCCCCUUGGAUUUAACUGA